AUGACCACAGUAUUUUCUAACUACCUUCUUUUCACUCUUUUCCUAACUGCAUUUCUCACACUUGCCCCUGUGGCCAACGCCAAACCGGCUAUGUUCUUGCAGGAUUUUCGGAUAACAUGGUCUGAUUCCCACAUCAAGCAACUUGAUGGUGGAAGGGCCAUCCAGCUUCUACUUGACCAAUACUCCGGUUGUGGGUUUGCUUCAAAAACCAAAUACUUGUUUGGACGUGUGAGCAUGAAGAUUAAGCUCAUUCCUGGAGACUCUGCUGGCACUGUCACUGCCUUUUACAUGAACUCAGAUACUGAUCAAAUUCGUGAUGAACUUGAUUUCGAGUUCUUGGGGAACCGAACUGGGCAGCCAUACUCGGUUCAAACCAAUGUUUAUGCUCAUGGGAAGGGUGAUAGAGAACAAAGGAUCAACCUUUGGUUCGACCCUGCCGCUGACUUCCAUACUUAUUCCAUUCUAUGGAACCAUCAACAUGUGGUGUUUUAUGUGGAUGAAGUGCCUAUCAGAGUAUACAAGAAUAAUGAAGCCAAAGGAAUCCCAUUCCCAAAAACGCAGCCAAUGGGAGUGUACUCAACAUUAUGGGAAGCAGACGAUUGGGCAACAAGGGGUGGGCUUGAAAAAAUAGAUUGGAACAAAGCACCCUUUUAUGCAUAUUAUAAGGACUUUGACAUUGAAGGCUGCACUAUCCCAGGUCCCACUACUUGCACCUCUAACCCAUCCAAUUGGUGGGAAGGUGCUACCUAUCAACACCUGGACCCUGUUGCCGCCCGCCGUUACCGGUGGGUCCGCUUGAACCAUAUGGUUUAUGAUUAUUGCACAGACAAACACCGGUUCCCCAUCACCCCACCGGAAUGUAUGGCCGGAAUCUAGAUCCCAUUUUCAGGAUAGAAAUUGAAUUGUUGGUGAGGAAGGGGGUGUAAGGAAAGUGGGUUGUUCAUGUUUUUUUCUUAACUGCAAUGACAGUAAUUGCGGCACUGUGAAGGAGACAAAUCAUGUCUGGGCUAUAAUUGUGAAAGGAAAUAAGAUAUGCGUACUAUAUAC